CAUCAAACGGAACACAGAAAGGAAUACUUCCUGUUAUUUGAUAGAAAGCAGGGGGUAUUUUGCACUGUUGUGGCAUAUUUGAGACAGAGAGUUCUUUUUUUUUACGUCACGGCGUCCACUGAACGUGUGAGAAGGAAACCUAAAUCAAGCUGGCUUCUGCUCUCUUGAUACCGAAACGUGAUCAUUUGUGAGUAAGGUAAGGGAUACACAGGACGACACCAACAAGGAUCACACGAUUGGGAGAUUGCUGCUGAUGCCAGAUCUUCUACCAAUAGAACAUUGUGAGGAUGUUUAAAUGCAAUCCUGUUUCAAGCAAUGCAUCACAUUAUAUAAUAUCACGUGUUGUUUUGUGAGACACACCCACCUCUCAAGAGUUAUAACUAUGCAUUUUACGGCAGAUUAUUUAAUAAAGAGUUUAUUUAGGUCGUGGUGUAGUCUUCUCGCCACAAUAAUGACAGUUUAUAAGGAAGAAAACACUCAUUAUGAAUCAACACAUCUGGAGAUGCAACGUUUACAGUGAACAGCUCCGACUGGGGAUGAAACCAGAGCACCAGGACCUCGUCCUGCGGGCGUGCUCCGCGUCGUCGCUGCGUGUCGGUGCCACGGUGCAGACGCUGUGGAGCGGCUACGGGGAGAUAGUCCGGCUGCACCUGGAGGGCUGCGACCGGCCGUCGGUGGUCGUCAAGCACGUCAAGUUUCCGGAGGAGGCCGCGCACCCCGGCGGCCGGAACACGGAUCGCUCCCACGCGCGUAAAGUGAGGUCCUACCAGGUGGAGACGCACUGGUACCGAAACUAUCACACCGACCCGAGCUGUCGGACUCCCGCCUGCCUGGCUGUUUGUUCCCAUGGAGACGAGAUGCUGAUCGUGCUGGAGGACCUGGACGCGGCGGGUUAUGAUCAGAGAUGGACCAGCGUGAAGGACAGAGAAAUAAAGGCCUGUCUGCGCUGGCUCGCCCACUUCCACGCGCUCUUCCUGGGCGUGCCGCCCGAGGGCCUGUGGCCCGUCGGCACCUACUGGCACCUGGAGACCCGUCCGGACGAGCUGGAGGCGCUGGACCACGCCGAGCUCAAAGCGGCGGCCGGCGCCAUCGACGAGGCGCUGAACGGAUGCGUCUUCAAGACCGUCGUCCACGGGGACGCCAAGUUGGCCAACUUCUGCUUCUCGCGGAGCGGGGAGGACGCGGCGGCCGUGGACUUCCAGUACGUCGGCGGGGGCUGCGGGAUGAAGGACGUCGUGUAUUUUUUAGGAAGUUGCAUGGACGAGAGGGAGUGUGAGAAGAGGGUGCCGGGCCUAUUGGACCACUAUUUCACCGCGUUGAAGCGGUCCGUGAAGAAGAAGGACGUGGACCUCGGCGCCCUGGAGAGAGAGUGGAGGGAGAUGUUUGCGUUUGCCUGGACAGAUUUUCAUCGCUUUCUGUUGGGAUGGAGCCCCGGACACUGGAAGAUCAACCGGUACAGUAAGCAGCUGACCGAGGAGGUUCUCCUCAAACUGAAACAAAAAAAACAGCUUUCCUUCUGACAGUCCCGAGAACUGAGCGUGUGGCUGAGAGGUUUGAAACCGAAAAGGUCUGCAAAUGUAAAUAAUCUAAUCCGGCCGAACAGCCGGUGGAGACGGAAGCGUGCAAGCUGUUUUACAUUUUCUCUCCAAGUAAACAUAUUGUAAAGUGUUUUUUUGACAUGGCUUCAUGCAUCCACACAUUUUGUUUGAUGUGUCAAUGUGUGAUCUUUAAAAAAAAAAAAAAAAAGUUUGGAAAUUCAUCAAACUAUUUACAAACCAGGUGGUGUCAUUUUAGAAUAAAGAACUUGUUAGUUUAUUAUUUAUCGACCUGUAUGAAAAUGGGGUAGCAUCAAUCAUUGCAACAGGAAAUUAAACAGAUUUCAGAGAGUUAAAUUGUCUCUGUGAGAUUCAAUUUGAACUCUAAGCUAGUGUUUUAUUUUGUCCCAAUCUUGUCAGUGUUAAAUCAAUACUCAACCAAGUGUUAACAAUUUAACUCGGAAUAAGUGUCACAAUAAAUCUGCCCAGUGUUGAAUACAACGUCAUUUAGCUGCUGCUUUUAUCAAAUGCAACUUAUGUUGCAUUUUUAACACGUGGUGUUUACAUUUGGGCAAUUCAGGGUUAGGUGCAUUGCUCAGGGACACUUUGACAUGGAACGUGGGGAAGCCAGGGAUUGAACCAACAACCCUGUGCUCCUGACUCACCCUCACCAAUCCAUGCGCCAUAUUACAUGGAGUUAAGCCCGACACCAAGAAGUGUGACACUGUGCAGUUACAUUUCAAUCCCAUCAAAGAGUUCAUUUAACCCUAAGUGUUGCAAAUGAUUCUGAUCUUGACACUGGAUGAUGACUCCAACUCUUUGGUACAAUUGACUCUGUAAGAGUUUAAUUAAAUAAUUUAAUAUUCAAAGAAU